GUCUCUCUCCGACAAGGCAGGCGUUCCAUUUGAAUUUCUUGAAGUUUUCGCCGAAUUAUCCAGUUGCUGGUGUACACAACGACUAAUCGGACUCGACAGCCCAUCUGUUGGCGACAUGGAAGUCGGGAUUCGAAUGGGCGGCCAGUACGCCGCGUUUUGGGUCGUAGAUCGCAUUUGCAAAUAUUUCGUUGAUCGAGAUUACGAUAAAAGAUACCAAAUUUGGCGGAGUGAGUUCGAAAUACUGAUGCUUAUCAUAUUUUUGUGGUCUGCCUGGUUCCGCACCGUCCCUUGGGUGUUCUUGGCCCUGACGUUGCUGACUUGGCUCGCAUCGGUUCCGAACGAGGGCCAUCAAAUUCUCUUCCGUGGCAGAGUUCAACUCAUAAUACCUCUAGUGACGAAAGCGUUCAAAAACACUCUAAGACACUACCGCAACUUGAGAGACGGAGCACCCGGCGCAUCCGAGAGCGCUUCGUUGAUUGAGCGCAUCGUAUUCUCGGUGUUUCUGCUUUUCGCGGCUAUUCGUGAGAAAACGAAUGUUCGUGGUCAUGUGGUUUCUUUCGUGGCGAGCAUGCGGAGCUUCUGGAGAGACACGAUCGAGAAUUACCGCAACAUGGAGCCGGAGACGCCACAUCAGAGCUUCGUUUCGACUCAGAAGAGCGUUUCGUUCGAAGCUUCCCCGACCGUGUACACUUUUUCACCUCCGCAGAUGUCGUCAACGCCAAAUAAUAAUUUCCCAGCGCCGAGCAACGGAUCCACACCACAGGCCACCUCGGUCGGCCGCCGAGUAUCUCUGCGGAGACAAGCGAAGACAAACCACACUGCGGUGAAAACCACUUGAGGAAUGAACUUCAGAAGGCUGUAAGAUCUCAAUUCGAAUGCCUCUGGGACGCCGAUGUCAGGGGUUCAUUCGCUCGCUCGCCCACAUUCAUCUCACCACAUUCAUUAAUCAUCUUAGGCAGAUAGAGCGUUGACCUCCUG